GGGCAGUGGAAGGUGAGUUCAGAGUAACUAACCGAGCCUACACAACUGACAUGAAUGACCACACUAGUCUUACUUUCCUCAGAAUGGCAGCAGAAGUGACGAAAUCGCUGGAAGAGUUAUUCUUUAUGAGCCCUUUAGUUCGAGAUUACAAUGCGACAGAAAUUAUAGGAUUCAGGAAAGGAAGUGUAAUAGUGGAAUGCAGAAUCUUUCUGAACCGUCCCUUCACCAGGGCAGCAGAGCAAGUGGGACUAACCUUUGUUCAAAUAUUGGAGAAAGGGCAUGGCAUGCUGCCAACAGGAUCACUUCAUGUUGAUAUUACAUCUAUUACAUUUGCUGGACUACAAGGAGUGUUAACGCCACCUGUCGACCUGAAACCAAUAACCCCACCUCCAUCAGAUGCUGCGUGGUCACCUUGGGGUCAGUGGUCUUCGUGUAACGACUUAGAGGGCAAAUGUGACUCCAACAGAAUCCACAGUAGAUCUCGAGACUGCAGGACAGAGUUAGGUCACGGAAUAAGAUUACUUAACAACGACCCAUGCAGGCGAAAAGGUGGUCACGAGAUUGAAAUAAUAGACUGUGUAUGUUUCAUUACUGAGUCGUCUCCGUCGUCUAGCUCCUCUCCGACUCUGUCUUCAAUCAAAUCAUCUUCGCCGAGUGAGCCUCGUAAUAUACAAAACGUGACGACGCAAGAAGCCAUAUCAGCAAACGAAGUCGUUGGUGAGUCGACGUCAGAAUCAACAGGUGGACCGUGUAGUCACUGCCAACAUGGAAUUUGUAUAAUUUCUGUUGGAGUGCUGGCCCCUCGGUGUGUAGCCUCUAUUGACCCACAGGACCCUAGAGGGUGUGGUGGAUGGUGUACUGGGUCCCACGAAAUUUGUCGUCAGCUUGAUGACCACUUGUAUCAGUGUGUAGACGUUUCUGAAUGUCAUUCUGAAGAGUGGCGUUGUGGUGACGGAUUAUGUGUUCCAGCCAAAAGACGGUGCGAUGGCCAUUUCAAUUGCUAUGACAUGACUGACGAGGCUAACUGUGAUUGCAAGGAAGAUGAGUUCCACUGUGGGAACGACACUUCCUGUUUGCCAGUUACCAGGAGAUGCAAUGGUUAUAUAGACUGUUGGGAUGGUAGUGACGAAGCCAAUUGUACUACAAUGUGCCCUAGUUCCCAGUUUACCUGCAAUAACGGCCAGUGCAUCCCUAACGAUUACUUUUGUGACAGCUACUAUGACUGUAACGAUCUGAGUGAUGAACCGGAGCUGUGUCGUGCGUCAUGCUUAACUCAUCAACAACAAUGUCAGAACGGUCGUUGUGUUAACCACGAAUCAUGGUGUGAUGGCGUUGACAAUUGUGGUGACAACAGUGACGAACAAAAUUGCCCACUAAGUACUACAAUAACAGAAGAGUGAGCAUGAUGGUAAACAUUAUUCUGCUCGACAGGAGUACUUUUUUUUUGUUUUCACUUCUUUGUACAGAAGUCUACCACUUAUUUUAUUGGACUCUUCCUCUACCGGAAUACUUUGACAUCUUUUCCUCGCAGACUUCAGAAGAAUUAUGACGACGUCCACUGUUAAGUACUAGUACAAUAAAUGUCAAAGGGAAUCUCCUCUCUACCAAUUAUAACUGUUUUCAAAAUUAUGCAUAAAUACAGACAAGAAUGAAACUUAACAGAUUACGAUUCACCGAUUAAAGAUUAAAAUUUACGUGGAAAAAAAUAAUUACUUUCUAUGUAUUGCUGCGAUCAGUCAAAUAGGAAGAGCUGUAUGUGAUAUGGUAAAAUGGACAAUAUUUCUUAUCCACGAAGAAAUAAACAAGUUAUUCAAGGCUAAAAAAUAAUAAUAAUACAUUUUUCAUCAUCCUCGCCGUCUUAACGAAUGAAGUUACGACCAUCCGUUAUUUUGACCACCACCGUGCGUUUUUUGUUCUCCCUCUACCGGCAUAAAUAUUUUUUCUUUUGGCAAGGCUGGGUAGAGACAAAAAAAAAAAAAAAAAAGAAA